AUGGCUUCGAUACUUCCAGAAACUCCUGGUAGAGGACGCUCACGAUUCUCCAAAGCUUUGCCCACUGCUCCAAGAGAUACUUCCCCGAUAUCGAUGAAAUCAAAUCUCCGGCAUUCCCCUCUUCCUCCUCUCCCAAAGGACGCAAUGCUUCCGAGCAUGUCUAUCCGCCGCAGACCGGUUGGUGCUUCAAAAAACGAACAAACGAAUACUCCGUCGAUUGCUAGUGUGUCGUCUGUCUAUUCUGACUCUCCGCGGAGUGUUUCGGACAGCAGCAGGAUCUCGAGGGAGUCAUUGAGUGGUGGUGACUCGGAAAGUGGUCCAACACCUCCUCUGCCACAGAAGGACGAACAAAGAGAGGAAGUAGCGAAACCUGUAGAAUCCCCAAUUCAUAUUCUUGCAAAUCCAUCCGCUGGCUUCGUAUCAUCACCGCCUAGGCCGGAGAUUUGGAGACGUCGAUCAGUUCGAAGCGACAAGAGCAUCAGAUUCCCAGACUUGAAGUUGGAGAAAAGCAACGGGUCGACGACUAGCCCACCGGAAAGGCAAGGGCCACCGCCUGAACGAUCUUUACCUGCGAUACCUUUCGCCCUCCCAAAAAGUACAGGCAGAAAACCUGUGCCUGCACGACCAGCUCCUCCCCAGCCCGAAUUUAUGGGGAACAAACUCUCGAAGCUGAAGGAGAAGCAUGCUCGGAACAAAUCAAACGCAUCAAUAAGCAAAGAGGAGGGAGUAAUCACCAAAGAUGGAGGGGCACAAAAUGGAACUGGAUCUCUGCAAAACUCGCCAUUCACUCGACUUCCGACUCCAGAUUACCAGGACACAGACACGCAGCGCACAGCAACACCGCGAGGAUUGUCUCCACGAACACCACAUACCCCACCAGGUGAAGCAACUCCGGAGCUUCCAAGCAGGUCCGAAUCACGUCUCAUGUCUAAUGGCAACGCCAAUGCCAGCAGACCAAACUUCCUCACCACUCACACCCGAGAAUCGAGCGAGACACUCACAAUUACCUCCGAGCCGCGAGUAACCCGUUCCCCGCAGCCCCAAAAGCCCUUUACGACAUCCAAAAUCCUCACACCACAGCCUUCGCCUUCCUCGUUAUCCUCGCCGCCACUCACUUCUCCCUUGCCCUCGAAGAUCCACUUCCCCACCCAAGGGCCGCCUGCUCCGCCAGGCAAGAUCUUCCCGGGUGCGCCGCUGAGUAUCGUGCAGCUGCAGUGCUACCAAUCGCACCGCUUCAUGCGCAGCACGAAGAAUACAAUGUGUCCGACGGCGUGCAUGGUCUGUCAGAGGCAGGAUAGGGAUAUACGGUGGCGGUGCUCGUGGUGCUGCUUGAGCGCGUGCGGGGGAUGUAUGAAAGUGCUGGCUUCCGUGCCAGGACAGGAUCUGAAGGUGUGUUUGGAGAGGUUGGGGCGCAGAUGA